UACGCAAAUCCAUUGAUGCGAGAGAUGCUUCUCAGCUCAGACCGCAACCAAGAGCAGCGGAGGACUUCUGAAAAAGUCAAGGUGAAGCAUUCCAGUCAAUGCAUCCUCCUCCUCAGUGACACAAAGAGGGACUGCCAUUAUAAAAGAAGUGUAAGUUCCCCCUCAACAUUCACACUUGACUCACUUCUUCCACAGUCCUCGUCUGCCAACUUUCAGUCUCAGCUGGAACCGUAAAGAUCUGGAGCUAAGAUGACUUUCUACGAUGACAUUUACCCAUUCUACCCUCUACAAAGGACCUCCUUCAUCUUCAGUGGCCGCUUGCUCACCAUUAUCCUGGUUUUCCUUGUGCUAGCAGUCAGUCUUCUUAUCAUUCUGCCAGGGAUACGAGGGAAGUCGAGGCUGUUCUGGAUGUUGAGAAUAAUUAUCAGCUUGUUCAUAGGCGUGGUGAUUGUGGCACUCAACUUCACCAACGACUGGGCUGAGGCCAGAAUGACCGCAAAUGCCACUUACAAGUCUUUCAGCAAUGCAGUGGUUAAUGCAGAGAUCGGCUUGCACGUGGGACUGUACGGCAUUAAUGUUACACUUAAAGGUAAUCCCGUUGUUCAAUUCAAUGAGACCAUUGACUACAAUGAGAUGUUCAACUGGCAUGACACUAUUGAAGAGGAGUAUGAGGAUGCUUUGGAGAAAGGUUUACCCAACCCCAUCCUGUACAUCGCAGAGAAAUUUACCCUCAGAAGCCCAUGUGGCCUCAUCUUUCAAUACAGAUACUCUGGACGAUACGCCUCUGCAACUCUUUGGACAGCAUUUUGCUGCUGGAUGCUCGCCAAUAUCCUCUUCUCCAUGCCAGUCAUUUUAUACGCCGGGUACAUGAUGUUGGUAACGGCUGCCUUCAUCUUUUUCUCCAUGGCCUCCUUCUCCACCAUCAUGAACGUGCCUCAGUGUGUUUUCUCUAUAGGAACCAACUCCUUUGAAACUGAGUACAGUCAUUCAUUCUGGCUGGCUCUGGCCACAGGUGUGUUGUGCGCCAUCAUUGGGAUUCUGGUGGUGAUGUUUAACUUUAUGAUACCGGAGAAGAUAAAAGAGGCUUUCAGCGGUGGUGUCGACAGUUAUGAAGAUGAAGACAUUUCUUAUGGCGAAGGCUACCUGAAUUCAGUAUUCCUUGAUGGAGUGACAAUUUCACCCCUGACAUCUAAAGUCACAUCGGAACAUAUAUGAAGCUCUCCAAGUUUCCCUCAGGGAGCUUUUCCAGCCAAUACUUGAAGAUAUUUUUGCUGAAUGUAUUACAGGGAGAGUGUCUCAUCUCACACCUAGUUCUAAUUAUCUAUAUGAGCCUGUUAAGUGUUAUAAAUGAUUUAACUGUAAAUAGUAGGAUUUGUAAAGUUCGUUGUCAUGUUGCAGUAGUUGUAAAUACAAUAUUGUAUGGGAUCCAUACAAUGUAUAUAUAUGCUAAUCAAUAUGAAUUUAGUCAUUGUUCAGCUCUUUUUUCAUUAGAAAUGGAAGAUGAGACAAAAUAACUAAUUGUUAGUUUGAUAUUAAUAGGUUUAGUGUUCGAUAGCCUUCUUACAGUGCAUGCAGAUUGCCAUGGCAACAUGUUGUUUAAUUAGUGCAUAGUUUCUGAGCGGUGUCAUUGGUUAAACUAUCAGCGAUUCCUGUUUUCACAACUUCUGAGAUCCAAUUCAGUGAGAAAACACAAGAGGAAGAACGAAUACCAAACUGCUUGGAAAAGUUCAACCGACUAAUCUCAAAUCCAGGCAAAUGUGUUUUAUAACUUGUCUGUUUGUAAGUUGUUUUUUUUGCCUUAAUAAAAUGAAAACAAACAACAAG